CCCCGCAGUAGUCCCCACAGCGAAAAGCGCAAUCAGUUACUUGCCUCGACCGAGCACCGAGAAAUAGGGUCACCGCCAGGAUGGCCUACGUUGUGCCGAUCCACCGGGCAAGCAGCAUACGACAUGCGCUGACGCUGCAGUUCAUGAAACCGGAGGAGGAGGUUCUGGUUGUUGCGAAGGCGAAUCGACUCGAAUUCUACAAUCCCACUCCCGAUGGGUUGAGCCUCGCCGCUUCGUGCUCUCUCUUCGCUAGAGUCACGAUGCUGGCCCGACUUCCGGCUCCCGCCGACUCGUCCACCGAUCACCUUGUUGUGGGCACAGACCGCUACACCUACUGCUCACUAUCGUGGGACAGUACGAGGAAUCAAGUGCGCACGGAGAGGAACUAUGUGGAUGUCGCUGACCCGUCUUCGCGGGAGGCUCAGACGGGCAAUCGUUGCUUGAUCGAUCCGAGUGGCCGUUUCAUGACGCUCGAAGUCUAUGAGGGCGUCAUUGCGGUAAUUCCCAUCGUGCAGUUGCCCAGUAAGAGGAGAGGAAGGCAGGUCACCUUGCCUUCGGGGCCAGACGCACCCCGCAUUGGUGAGCUUGGCGAGCCAACAACGACCCGAAUCGAUGAGCUGUUCGUGCGCUCCUCGGCAUUUUUGCACGUCCAGUCAGGAUUGCCCCGGAUUGCGCUGCUUUACGAGGAUAAUCAGAAGAAAGUGAGACUUAAGGUCCGGGAGUUGCACUACAGCGCGGCGACCACAACCGUGAGCGCGGACGCGUCGUUUGAGGAGCUGCUAGAUGGCUUUUCUGAGGAACUCGAUCUUGGAGCAUCUCAUCUCAUACCGGUGCCCGCUCCUUUGGGCGGUCUUCUUGUCCUGGGCGAAACGUCGAUCAAGUACGUUGAUACUGACAGCAAUGAGAUCGUGUCUCGCCCUUUAGAUGAGGCUACUGUGUUCGUGGCUUGGGAGCGUGUGGAUAGUCAGCGCUGGCUGCUGGCUGAUGAUUACGGAAGAUUGUUUCUACUUAUGUUGGUUCUGGAUUCCAACAGUCAGGUCCAGUCUUGGAAGUUGGAUCACUUAGGGAACACAUCACGGGCAUCCGUAUUAGUGUACCUUGGGGCUGGAAUCAUCUUUGUCGGCUCCCAUCAAGGUGAUUCUCAAGUACUUCGGAUCGGAAAUGGGUCAUUCGAGGUGAUUCAGACGCUCUCCAAUGUGGCACCGAUUCUUGACUUCACAAUUAUGGACCUUGGGAACCGUACCAAUGAGAGCCAAACGCACGAAUUCUCUUCUGGCCAAGCCCGCAUUGUCACUGGCUCAGGUGCCUUUGACGACGGAACCCUCAGAAGCGUGCGCAGCGGCGUCGGCAUGGAGGAAUUGGGUGUGCUGGGUGAGAUGGAGCACAUCACCGAUCUGUGGGGGCUGCGAGUAGCCGCCCCGGGUGGAUUCCUUGACACUCUCCUUGUCACCUUCGUGGAUGAAACACGAGUUUUCCAGUUUAGCCCGGAGGGUGAGGUGGAGGAACUUGACGGCUUCCUUGGGCUGAGUCUCUCAGAGAACACACUUCUCGCCGCCAAUCUACCUGGAGGCAAGAUAUUACAAGUCACCGAACAAAGAGUCCUGAUAGCCGAUCUCGAGAGUGGCAUGGUCACAUACGAGUGGACACCGCCUGACCAGCUGGUGAUCACUGCUGCUUCAACCAACGACGAAUGCAUGGUCCUUGUUGUUGGCGGUGAAAUGGUGACCGUCCUGGCACUUAAAACCGAACCGCAGGUAGUGACCCAAAAAGACUUCGGCGCCGACAGUCAGAUCUCUGGCGUCACAGUCCCUUCUUGCCCCACUGAUGCCUGUAUCGUCGCAUUCCCUCAGUUGGCCAAGGUCUCGGUCUUGAAGCUGCAAGACUUGAGUGACCUCCACACAUUGUCGUUGGGCCCUGCAGGCGAGGCUUUUCCUCGCUCUGUUCUUGUGGCGGAUGUCCUCAUGAACAGUCCGUCAACUCUUUUCAUUUCGAUGGCAGAUGGUAGUGUUAUCACCUAUUCAUUUGAUACCAAAGACUACACUUUGGCAGGCAUGAACAAACUCAUCCUUGGUUCUGAGCAGCCGACCUUUAAGAAGCUCCCGAGAGGGGACGGGCUCUACAAUGUUUUUGCAACCUGCGAGAACCCCAGCCUUAUAUAUGGUUCUGAGGGUCGCAUUAUAUAUUCCGCUGUGAACUCCGAGGGCGCAUCUCGCAUAUGCCACUUUAACUCCGAGGCAUAUCCCGAAGCUAUCGCUGUUGCCACGCGCCACGAUCUGAAGAUCGCUCUGGUGGACACGGAGCGGACAACGCAGAUUCAGACCCUUCCAGUGGGUGCAACUGCCCGCAGAGUCGCUUAUUCACCUUCGGAAAAAGCUUUUGGCAUCGGCACCAUCGAACGCAAAUUGAAAGACGGCGAAGAACAGGUUCAGAGCAGGUUUGUCCUUGCGGAUGAGAUUCUGUUCCGACGCCUCGAUUCCUUUGACUUUCAACCCGAGGAGUUAGUGGAGAGCGUUGUUCGUGCCGAGUUCACAGCAGGUAAAGAUGAGACUGGUCGGGAGGUAACCAAGGAUCGUUUCAUCGUUGGCACAGCGUACCUGGACGAUGAGGGAGAAGAGUCGAUUCGAGGUCGGAUCUUGGUCUUCGAGGUUGACAAUGGCCGGAAAUUGGCCAAGGUAGCCGAACUGCCUGUGAAAGGUGCCUGUCGUGCAUUGGCCAUGCUAGGUGAGAAGAUUGUAGCGGCUCUCGUCAAGACUGUCGUGGUCUAUAGGGUAGUCAACAACAAUUUCGGAGCUACGAAGCUGGAGAAACUAGCCAGUUACAGGACCUCUACGGCGCCUGUGGAUGUAACGGUGACGGGCAAUAUCAUCGCUGUCGCAGAUCUGAUGAAGAGUGUCUGCUUGGUAGAAUGGAAGGAAGGGGAAGAUGGUCUCCCUGACACUUUGACAGAGGUCGCUCGCCACUUCCAGACGGUCUGGGCCACAGGUGUCGCCUGCAUCGCGGAGGACACUUUCCUCGAGAGUGACGCCGAGGGUAACCUGAUUGUGCUUCGCCGCAAUCGAACCGGAGUCGAAGAGGAUGAUAAGCGCAGGUUGGAGGUCACCGGUGAGAUCUCGCUAGGGGAAAUGGUCAAUCGAAUCCGGCCUGUCAAUAUACAACAACUGGCGAGUGUAACUGUCACUCCCCGAGCAUUUCUGGGCACGGUCGAGGGCUCAAUAUACCUAUUUGCCGUGAUCAACCCACAACAUCAGGACUUCCUGAUGCGUCUGCAAGCCACCAUGGCAGGGAAAGUCGAGUCUCUGGGUAACAUUCCAUUCAAUGAGUUCCGUGGGUUCCGCAGCAUGGUGCGCGAAGCCAAAGAACCGUAUCGUUUUGUGGACGGCGAAUUAAUAGAACGGUUCUUGACCUGCGAACCAAGUGUACAGGAUGAGAUUGUCAAGUCCGUGGGGGCGACGGAUGUUGACGAAGUCAAGGUUAUGAUAGAGGCUUUACGGCGACUGCACUAGAAGCCUGAGAGAUUUGAGAUGACAUCUGAUCCAUGACUACGGGCACAAUCUCCGAAUACUGACAUCAACUCUUUUGUGAGUCAGAAAUGAACGAUUUUUACCUAUGGCCACCAUACUGUAUAGAUGUCAUAAUAUGAUCAACUUCAGACUGAAGUGGACGGUGUCCGCCAUU